UAUUCAUUUCUUCUGUUACUCUUUCAGCUGGUUUCCACUUGGAUUCUAUUAUAUACUAGACGAAUUCUUUUCUUUCUGCUUACUUUUCAUGUUGUGUGAAUGAAAAAAACCAAAUUCAUUGAAUUUUCUGCUCGGAUCAGCUCUAAAUCCCUUGCAAGAUUAGUCAAUUUAUAGCACAAUCUGCCAACAAAUAAUAUUGUUAAUAACAAAGUACUCCUGAAUUUUGUAUCAUUUUCUUCAAUAUCCCGUUCAUGCAAGCAUUUUUACAAGCAUCUCGUGGACAAUAACACACCAAAAAUACAAUGAGAGCUUUGAACAGAAGCAGGAAAGUGGAAGAAGAGGAAUGGCUUCCCUCAUACCUGGAGUUCUACUUAAGCUUCUCAAGACGAUCAACACUGAUGUGAAAGUUCUCGGGGAACACCGAUCGGUGCUUCUGCAGGUGAUCAGUAUUGUGCCUGCCUUAUCUGGGUCUGAAUUAUGGCCUAACCAAGGUUUCUUCAUAAAAGUCUCCGACUCUUCUCAUUCAACCUAUGCUUCACUCUCAAAGGAAGACAAUGACCUAAUUCUGAACGAUAAGUUGCAGCUUGGGCAGUUCUUCUAUGUCGAAAAAAUGGAGGCAGGAACACAAGUUCCUGUUCUUGUUGGGGUUAGACCAGUUCCUGGAAGGCACCAUUUUGUGGGAGAUCCUAAGGAUUUAAUGCAGAUUUUGGAUCCAUCAGAGGGUACUGUACAAGCUGAAAAUGGAGUAGUAGUUAAAGAGAGUCAAAGUCCUGGGAAGAAGAAGAUUGUUAUUAAGGAGGAAAAGACUGGAAUUGCAUCCAGGUAUAUGCAGGGUGUUUCAACAUCAAUGAAAGUUAAUGGACCAGAUGGUAAUGGAGAAAAUAGAAGAAAUGAUUUAGAAAAUGGAGGUGGUAAAAAAGUUGGGUCGGCUAAAAGAAAGGAAAAAAGAGAUGUGCCUGCAAUGAUUCCAACGUGUGAUCGACCUGAAUCACUUUCAACAAAGCAAGAGACUUCUCAAUGUAACAUCCAGGAGACUAUAGUGUCUUCUAAGAGCAGUUAUUCAAAACGGAGUUCUAGCAAACAGGAAAAUUUGGACUUGAACUUUUUCUCUAGCAGUAGAGAUAAAAGCUACACGUCAGGGGCAUUAACAUGGUCCUCGUUGCCUCGCAACCUCUUGAAGCCUAACAAGGGAAUGCUCAGAAAGAAACAUUUAGCUUCUAUGGUUGCAGUUGAAGCUCAAAGAGAAGCAUCUGCUGCAUCAGUCCUUGUCAAGUGCCUAAGCAUUUUCGCCUCUCUCUGUUCUUCUGCAGCAUCAGAGAAUCCCCAUCCUACUCUCAACAAAUUCUUCGCCCUCCAACAGCUGAUGGACCAAAGACACGCCACAACCUCAUUAAAAGACAAAUCAUUUCAGUCAAGCAAUUUCCCAUCUCAUGAAAAAACAGACAAAUCUGGCAGAAAGACAAGCUUAGUCGCUGAUAAAAAUACCACCUUAAAGUCACCAAAACCUCAAAUAGAACUAUCACUGUCUGGGAAACUAGAAUGGGCCAAAGGGGAUGGUCUAAAAGAGGCAAAUGAGUUGAGACAAAUCCUCAUAAAAGAGACAAGAUCAUGGUUUUUGAAAUACUUGGAAAAGACAUUGGAUGCUGGGUUUUCUCCCUUGAGAACCCAAGGAAAAAAGGACACAGUCAAUAAGGAUAUUGCUCUUACAUUAUUACACCUUAAGAAUGCAAAGGAGUGGUUGGAUAAGCUGAGAAUCACUCUAGACUCUGAGAGUGAAGAGACGGUUGAGACUGUUGAGAGAUUGAAGCAGAAGGUUUGCUCCUGCCUGCUGGUUCAAGUCGGUUCUGCUGCAUCAGUUUUGGAGAAACGACCUUGAAAUCCUGGAUGACAAACUGGUCUAAAAGUAUUUAUUAUUUAUUAUUCCUCUGUUGGUAUUUUCUAACUUCAAAAUUAUUUGUUGUGGCAGAGCCAAUUAUUAGUAAUGUAAAAUAGGCCUGCUCUGUUUGGGAUGUGUGGUGUUAUUUAUGUACUCAAAAUACAAGGCCCUCUAAUUUAAGCUACAUGGCCCUUGUAUCAGUGUUAAAUAAAAGUGAAUUUUAUAUUCGUGCGUUCAAUCA